AUGUCCCAUUAUUCCUGGGGUACUAGUGCACCCGUUGACGGGGACAGUGCUGAAGAAGUAUUCAACCAUGCACCCUGGCCCGAGCCUAGGGGACGUGACUCUCCGCCCAAGAAGACACCUCGCACGCUGGCGCCGAACCUCACCCGCCGCUCUCAUAAGAAAUCUCGCGGAGGCUGUCUCAACUGCAAGUGUCGAAAGAUCAAGUGCCAGGAAACCAAACCGUCGUGCGAGAAUUGUCUGGUCAAGGAACUAAAAUGUGAAUAUCCAUCGCAGGCAACCACGAAGAUUGUACGCCGCCCAUCAUGUGCAUCGAGACCCAACCGGGCGGUGGUUCGACAUGAUGAACCCAAGCUCCCAGCUACCCUCUCACCCCCAACCUCUUUCAACAUGGAUGAUAUGCGUUGUUUCCAUCACUUCCUGACUGUUGCUUAUCCCCAUCUGCCACUGGGCAACGACUCGGUCUGGGUGCAGGACAUUCCAAUCUUUGCGCAACAACAUGAGUAUCUGAUGCAUGCUCUCCUUGCGCUGGGUGCAUCCCACCUGACGCGGAUGUCGCCCCAAACCGACUACAGCACCACCGCCAUGAUCCACCAGGGCCAAGCCAUCAAAGGCCUCAACGAAGCGCUGGCCAAGGAAAGCCGAAGCUACGGCGAAUCCGACGCCCUCCUGGCCGCCUGCUACGCCCUCACCUUCCAAGCCUCGUACAUGGGCGACGGCAUGACGGAUUUCAUCACCAUGGUGCGCGGCUGCGCUUUGGUGACCGAGCAGAUCUACAAACAAGAAACCCGGACCGCCUUCAACCUCGACCAGAACAUGCACUUCCGCAUCAUGCUGCCCCGGCUCGAGCACUUCCCCAACAUAUCCCCCACCCUGAUCACCCCGGCCGUCCUCGCCGUCGAAGCGCUCCGCCCGCUCCUCCGCACAACCAUGGACCACCAGUUCCACGCCUCCUUGUCAUCUGCCCUCUUGGCCCUCCAGCAGUCGCCCAAGGCCGGCUACCUCAACUUCGUCCGCCUCUACGCCACCCUCUGGGACAUGAGCCACGACCAGUUCGCCGUCUUCGUCGAUCCGCACAACACGCCCGCGCAGCUGCUCAUGGCGCAUUUCCUGGCCCUGCAGAUGCUCAUGGUGCCGUUGCUGGUGCACGAGUUCCCGGCGCUGAACGAUGCGACCAAGGCGAGGACGUUGCUGGGCACGGUCGAGUGGGGGGAGAAGAUCUGGGAGCGCACGCCGCAGCGCAUGCGGCCGUAUUUGGUGUGGUCCAGAGACGUCUUUCAGACGGUCAGGAGCGAGAUUCAGGCCUUGAAUGGCGGCAAUUAUCGCGACAUGACGUUUAAGAUUUUGGCGCAUUGA